AUGAUUAGACGGCAACCUUCUACACUUGGUCUGACAGCAGAGGACGUAGCGGACCUCGAAGCGGAACUAGAAGAGUCCAGGCUACAACGGGAGCUCAAAACCCAGCAGCGUAAUCUUCACCGUGCUUCUGGUGGUGCAGCUUACAACCGCAGCACCAAUGAAUUGUCGACGGCGUUGCCCAGAGACAGCCAUGACAGUCCGCUUCGAAAAAUGCCACCACGAGCAUCGGUCGUGGAUGAGCAACGGCCACCUUCAGAAACUCACAAUAGCAGAUUGGAGGGAUCCCAUUCUCAGACAGCGGCAGGUGGGAGCAAUCCCUUCUAUACAGAAAGGUAG